UAUAUGCUCGUAUUUUAUAGACUGGAAGUAAUAGUUGCAGUCCUACUUAGGCUAGUGUAUGGUAUCAACCGCGCUAGCAUUGAAAGUUUCAAUGAAAGUUUUCCCAGCUUGUUUUUAUAAUGUUGGUGAACUUUUAUUAAAACACCCCACCAGCUUCGUUUGACUCAGAAAAGCUACUGUAACGAAAGGCAGAGCAGGGCGGAGUCUUCCUCAGCCAGCGGAGGAAGAGGAGGAGUGGAUUGGAGCCUGAGGAGCAGGGAGACUUUUCAGGUUGCUCCUCAUUUGGCCUGAACACUUACUCACAGGAAGGCACGACAGUACUUAUAAAGCUGCAGUGUUACCUGCUUCCUUCAGUGAAGCCCGGGACGCCUCAGAGCUGCUUUCACGGCUUGUUUAGACAGAGACCGAAGCGGAACGGCUGAGUGUUUGCCUCUGAUCACAGCUGGAGGGAUAAGCUUCAGCAGACGAGCAGGACGUCAUAAAGAGGAUCAGAGAGGGCUGCCGUGUUAGCGCUCUCACUACUGGCUCAUCUUCGGACCUUUGAGUUCUUCAUUAAGGCUCUGAUCCCGGUCUCCCGCCUAACUCCCCUCUCCUGAGUGGGUCGCCACCGAGGUGACAGAGGCAGUCCGGACGGUCCUGAUGUGGAAUUUGACCUCAGCUGACCCAGUCCCACAAGUAGUCUUUGACUGAGGAAAGAGAAGAAGAAAAGGAGGAGAGGAGAAGAAAAGUGAGGACCUCAGAUCAGCGACUGGUCCUGCAGUGAUGCCGGUGGAGACGCUGAGGCCCUCAGACGGCCGUCUGGCCGGGGUCGCCUUCACCUCCGGCAGACCCUUCAGAAUACUCAACAAGGGUCCCAACUACUUCCGCCCCCCUGCCGAGCCAGGAACCCGCAAGCUGAGCGCCGUGGAGCGCCUGGAGGCCGACAAGGCCAAGUACGUGAAGAGCCAGCAGGUGGCCUUGACUCGCCAGGCGCCUAUCCAGGCACCACUCAUCAGGAAGCCCCUUAUCCCCCCGGUGAUGAUGCCCCAGGGCAACGUGGGCGCCCCGACCGCCCGGAAGGUUCCCCGUUGCCCAGCUGAUGUGGAGAACCGAGGCGGCAGCGAGGUGCUAGCGGAGAGGAGACCUUUCAACCUGGAUAUUCUGAAUAAUCUAAUCAAUGAUGUUUGUGACGGAGCACAGUCGUCUUCCUCCACCUCCCCCUCCUCUUCAUCUCCAUCGUCAGGGGUAAAGAGCAUCUGCAGUAGCCUGUCUGCAGAACAGGAUAAGAGCAACAGACUCAUCAACAACCUCAAACCCCUGAACCACGGUACCAACAACUCCUCGUCCACCUCCUCCUGCACGUCUUCCUUGCUUGGCAAUAACCGUUGCGUCCCUGCAGCAGAACUGUCCCGUCGUCCACCCCCUGUCCCAGCACGGGUUGUACGGGGGGUUCAGGCCCCCUACAUUGCCCCUAACUCAGUGACUGUCCGCAGAGUUGACGUUCGGCCUCAUGCUGAGGUGAAGAAGCCACCAAGAGUUGCACUGCAUCCCCACCUGAGGCCUCGACAGAUCCCCCAGGGUCAGGUUGCACACUCCCAGCUCCCCCCUCCACCGCCGCCUCCUCAAUCACAGAAUCAGCCACCAGCCAAGGUCAACACUUCAUCCCAAACUUUGGCAUCGCCUCCGGCCUACCCACCUCCCAGCCCGAUGCUGGUCCGAGCGUGCAUCAUCCCACCGGCCUCCCCAGCCUUCACCCGCAUCUCCAACGCCAGCUCCAAAGGCUCCUCCCGCAAACAUCCAUCCCUGCACCGCUCCAAGUCAGACCUGAGCGACCGCUACUCACGCGCCACUGCUGACCUGGAGCGCUUCUUCAACUACUGCGGGCUGGACCCAGAGGAGGUGGAGGGACUGGGCGGCGUGGAGCGCUUCACCCGGGCCAACUCAGACAUUGUGUCCGUCUCCAAGCUCCGCAGCGUCAGCACGCCGAGCUCGGAGUGCGGGGACGACGCGGAGCGGAUGAGGGGGUACGGAGGCGGUGACGAGGAGGAGGAUGAUGAGGACGGGCCCCUGAGGACGAACGACAGAGUCCCCUACGGGAUCUCGGUCAUCGAGAGGAACGCCAGAGUCAUCAAGUGGCUGUACGGCAUCCGGCAGGCGAGAGAGGCAAACAGUGGCGUUUCGAACGUCUAGACUGAUGAUGACGGCUUGUUCGUUCUUGUUUCGCUGCCUUAUUUCCACGUUCGGGAUCAAUGUUCUGGAUCAUCUGGUAGUUUGUCUUCAGUUUCCUGAGAGGACUCACUUUUACUGGACAAAAAGACAGAAAUGAGUCAGUUUAUGUUGGGGGGUGCAUCGAUUGCAAAUUUCUGGUCAAUUAGUGGUCUUUUGGGAUCUGACCUGCUGUUUCCGAUUUUGGCAAAAUACCAAAUGUUUUGCUUGAAGAGUUGGUAAGUUUAGUGUUUAAGUCACUAAGUUGGCAAUAGCGUGUUGACUAUUAUUAAAAUGAAGACGUGACCCGGUUGGCGGGGUCACGUCUUCAUGCCCGAGCGAUGAUGCCCGCUCGGACCGGCAUCGUCUUCAUCCAGGUCACAAAAGAUCGGUUUCACAUGCAGGUAUUGACUGAUUGGCCGGCUGAUCAGUCGGUGCACCCCUUAGUGUCUGUUCAAAGGCUGCAAGUCAGGACUGCAACUGGACAAUGCAUUGCUAUGUUCUUUUAAUUGAUCUCAUUGGUAUUUGCAAGCAAUAACAGAUUAUUGUCAGUGCUGGUGAGAAUGAAGGCAGAGGAUGCUUAAAGGUUCCUAUAGGUACUGUAAGUGUGUGUGUUUUAUACCAGAGUUUGGCUACAGACUGCCAAAAGGUUGCACAGCACAGAGACUAUUGAAAAGCAGAGCAGCAAGAGAAGCACGUUCAUACUGUGAAACCUACAAGUAAAGCUUCCACAUAUAUGUGCAUAUUUUUCAAAGGUUACAGAGAAAAUGGUUGGCUGUAAGACUGUUAACAUAAAUGUUUCUGUCAGCAUGCAAGUGAACCGUUUGUAUACACUAUACUGUAGCACGUCAUAUCAAAAAGAAAGAAAGAAGAAAAAAAAGCAGGAAGCGAGCCCCAGGCUUCCAGAUUCACAGCACAUCCAGUUCAGUCACAGAGGAGUUUUUAUCUGAUCUUUACUUGUUGCCUCCGAUGCAGUCUUGGAUUACCCUGCGUUGGUGCAGCCUGGGAAAUCGGUUUACCACGUGUGUCUUGGCACGGGGGGGAAGAGCGAGUUAUAUGAUGAAGGAUGAUCUCACGAGCAAACAGAAGGCGCUCGGUGAUCUGUGGUGCUCGAAUAUGUCCGUGACUCAGGAAGAUGGCAUAGUAAUAAAUGGACCAGUAUUUAUUUGGAAAACAUAACUUAAUGUUAUUUUUUUUUUUUUACUAAAAGGUGAUUUUGUGUACAGAGAUCAGACUGAGUCACAUUUAAAUGCACACGUGGAGACGCAUUCAGUGAGUAAACAGAAGGGAUGUGAUGCGUUGGCUGCUGCUCCACACGGAGCACAAGAGAAUGGCUCUGUGUUAAACUUCCUGUUUGUUGCUUCUGUGGAACUGUUCUCAGUCUGGUCGGGUCUUCCUCUUCUUCACACCAGAAUCAGCAGUAGCGUGCAGUGGCAAUCAGAUCAGAGAGCGUCUGAAAACAAAAUAUGCUUCUUUUUUUUUUUUUUCUUUCAGGCACUGGAUGCCCAAAGAGUCUUUGAUAAAGAGGUCCGAAAUGCUUUACAGUGAUGUAUCCCGAAUCCAUUAAUAAAAUAUGUUUGAAUAUUAA